AUGGAGAAAUUUCUCAAGGAAAUAAUCGAAGUGGGCGAUUUAUUGAGUGCAGAUAUAAAAUGUGAAAUUCCGAUGGAGCAUUUAAGUGAUCGUCAGCAACGCGAAUUUCAAAACGCUGAUAAGUGCGGCCUUUGCGAUGAAGUUUUUACCGAAACAGACACAAAGGUGAACGGAAAAGACAUUGAGCUGACGGAGGUUGGACCUCGGUUCAUGCUGCGUCUGUACGAGAUCAAGCUGGGUAUGAUUGACACGGCUGCGGCCUCUGACACCGAGUGGGCCCUGCUGCCUUACAUGAACACCGCCAUCAAGCGGAGGUUCCUGUCCUUCGAUGACGGAUGGAUUCAGGAUGAUGAUUUCGAGGAAGAGGAGGCUCAAAUUGAACUGGAAGUAACUGGCAUAUCAAGAUCUGGCAGAGUACGCAAGAAAUCUUCAAAGCUCACCGACUUCGAAUCUCCUGAUGAAAUCGAUAAAUACCGACGCAAAAGUGACAAAUUUGAUCCACCUCCAAGCUAUCCCGUUGGUAGACCCGCGGCUCAUGCCGUCAAAAUAGAACAGUUCCAUCAUUCAGAAGAGGAAGAUGAAGCACCGAACUUCAAGGAAGAAAUGCUUUCAGACUCUGAUCCAGAAAUGGAUAAUUUUCCACAUGAUGAGGACGAUCUGUCUAGCAUGGAUUCAAUGGGUAGCCCAGGAGAUGAAGAAGACCUGGAUGAAAGCAUUGGGUUGGAUCAAGGAGGAGAAGGAUUUCAAAGAAUUGCACCUGACUCUGUGGAUACCGGCUCUCCAGUUCAUGGUUCAGCUCAAUCGUUGUACAUGUCGGAAAAGUCAACUAAGAAGAAACUCGUGAUUCGUGAUGGAAAAAUAGUGGACAGAAUGAAGGCCCAGCGCAAGGAUAAAGGGUUAUAG